AUGAAAUAUAAAAUACUAAAUAAUUUAUCGAUUUUUUUAACCAUCACAUUUACACUUCUUAGUCUGUUUUAUUUUCAUUCAGAAAUUUUACUAAUUUAUAAAUUUGUAUUCCUAAUUGCUAUUCCUGUACUUUUAUAUUUUAAUAGUUCAUUUUUGUAUUCUUUUUGUUUACAAAUUACAGUAUUUUGUGGACUAGUGUGCUGUACAAAACUAUAUGCUUACAAAGAAUAA